GAUAGAUGAAAACAUAAAUGUAGCUGCUAAUGCCAUAACACCGGUCUGAUUUCGGCUACGUUCACCAAGAUGUUUUUCAUCCCACAGCAUUUUUACAACCAACAUAUAUCAAAUUGUUAGCGUUUACACGUUUUUUCUUGCUCAGUUCCUUUUGUGUCUCUUCCAGGUUAAAUUCCAUCUGAAGAAAAUGAAUGGAUUGUCCAUCAGUGAAUUAUGUGGCCUUUUCUGUUGCCCGCCCUGUCCGAGCCGGAUUGCAGCGAAGCUGGCCUUCCUGCCCCCGGAACCCACUUAUGCUCUUCUGCCGGAUCUGGACCCCACCUCCCCUGUGACCUCUAAUUUGGGAGCCUCGGGUUUGCGCUCUCGGUUGGGUGGGGGUGGAGGAGGAGGGAGUGGAGGAGGAGGAGGUUUGAGUGACGGGGGCGGAGAGGACCAGUGGAAGCUGCACCUCUCUGAGCGAGCAGAGUUCCAGUACUCUCAGAGGGAGCUGGAUGGAACCGAGGUCUUCCUUACUCACUCCAGCCGUGGCAACACCGUGGGAUGCAUGUACAUCCGCUGUGCCCCGUCUGCAAGGUACACUGUGCUCUUUUCUCACGGUAACGCUGUGGAUUUGGGUCAGAUGAGCAGCUUCUACAUUGGUCUGGGCACUCGCAUCAACUGCAACAUCUUCUCUUAUGAUUACUCUGGUUACGGGGUCAGUACAGGAAAACCCUCAGAGAAGAAUCUGUACGCAGACAUUGAUGCUGCAUGGCACGCUUUGCGCUCAAGGUAUGGCAUCAGCCCUGAGAAUAUAAUCCUUUAUGGUCAAAGCAUUGGUACAGUGCCCACUGUGGAUCUGGCAUCUCGAUAUGAGUGUGCUGCCGUCAUACUUCACUCGCCCCUCACAUCAGGAAUGAGAGUGGCAUUCCCUGACACCAAGAAGACUUACUGCUUUGACGCCUUCCCCAACAUCGAGAAAGUGUCUAAGAUCACGUCUCCAGUGCUGAUCAUUCACGGGACGGAGGAUGAAGUGAUUGACUUCUCUCAUGGUCUGGCCCUGUUUGAGCGCUGCCCAAAGGCCGUGGAGCCGCUGUGGGUGGAGGGAGCUGGACACAACGACAUUGAACUCUACAGCCAGUACUUGGAGCGCCUGCGCCGGUUCAUCAGCCAGGAAGUGGCUACGCAGUAACCUCUUCUGCCAGGUUAACAGUACAGGAGCAAUCUCAAAAACAUCACAGCUCAGAACGGCAGAUCUUACAGGCCUGGUAUCAGCAUGCAAACACUUGAUUGUGCUCACGAUAAUAACAGAUGUAAUUUCUGGAGAGUUUGUUUUUCCAUGAACUGUUGACUCUUUUUUUUUUUAUCAGCCGGGAGCUGAGUUUAGAUCUUAGGAGACCUUCAACUUCAGACCCAGGAGAUCACAACAUGGUAUUGUCGGUCACGUAGAGAAUCUCAGAUCGUUGCUUCUCACGUUGGAUUGGAUGAUUGCAAAGUCAUCUGAACAGGACUUACCGAUAAAUCUUUCUGAAGCUCUUUUCUUGUGGUUGUUUCUGUAUUUUUUGUUAGAUCUCGUUGGUGAGCAUUUAGUAGUUGGUUUUAAAUAUAGCUUGACCACCUUUUCAGACAAGAACUCUCUGCUGGACAGAGUGUGUGUGUGUUUGUUUAACCCUAACCUUUUUUAGACUGUCUGCUGUGUAUGUUUUUCAUUGCAACCGUCUUUUGCGACUGUUUUAGGGCCAUUCAGACCGAACACUUUCAUGCAUUAAAAAGAGGCAUUGCAACGAAUGGAACAGAAUGCAGGUGUCUCGUGACCCAUUUUUAAAAAUGCUCCACAUCUGUUCACAACAGUGACAAUUAAAAAGACGCAAUGCAACGGUCAAAGAUGUCCGUCUAGCGCAUGUUUAAAUAGAAAAACUAUGUAAACUAUUUUAAAACAAAUCUGCGCAGAUGGACGCAAACCACGCCUAUUUGUCAGUUAUCUUGAUAUUCAGUGGGGUCCAAAAUAACAAUGAUUUACAAUGUAAAGUUCUGCACUAUUUGAAGAUCAUUUUUGAAAUGUAAGCAAAUUUGUGACCAUGUUAAAGGGUUUGUUCACCACAAAAUUUUUAUUCUCUUAUCGUUUACUCAGUCAUGGCAUGACCAUCUCAGAUGUGUCGGACUUCUUUUCUUCUGCAGAACAUAAAUAAAGAUUUUUAGAAGAAUAUCUCCGCUCUGUAGGUCCAAAUAAGGCAUGUCAGAACUUUGAAGCUCCAAAAAGCAGAUCAAGUCUGCAUAAACAUAAUCUAUCAAAGUCCUGUGGUAAAAGUAUUGUCAGCAGAACAAAUAUAUGAAUGUGAACAAUUUAUGCUGCCUUUAUGCGAUGUUUGGAGCUUCAAAGGUUUGCUCACCAUUCUCAUGCUUUGUAUGGUCCUACAGAGCUGAGAUAUUCUUCUAAAAACGUAGUUUUGUGUUCAUACACAUCUGGGAUGGCAUGAGGGGGAGUAACUUAUGAGAGAAUUACAAUAUUUGUCCCCUAUCCCUUUAACUCCCUUAUACAUCAAUUAAAGUGUGGACUUCCACAUUAAAGCAACAUCAAGUCAUAGAGGCUGGGUUCUUUUGACUUGGAUCAGUAAACAACUACCUAGCCACUGCAUAGCAACCACACAGAAUACCCUGGCAAACACAUAUUAAUGUCCUGCAACUUCACAACAAGUUUUUUCACAGGUAAGCACCACUCGCAUUUACUUGAAACAUUUUAACAUUUGUAAUUUUUUUUUUUUUUUUUUUUUCAAUUACUCAGGAAAAUCUCCGAUUUUGGACCCCACUGUGCCUACAGAGAGGUCACGUUCUUAAUUCUUUCUUUCUUUGACAUCCAACAAUCCACUUACCUGUCCGUCAAACACUGUUACAUACACGGGACUGUGUCCCUACAAAUGGAGCGGUGUCAGAGAUCACAUGAUGCAAAUUUGCCCACUCUAAUGCAUGACAAAGGUCACAAUUGUUAAUGAUUUCCCUCGGUAUUGUAAUUGCGAUUAUUAAUACGAUUGAUAGAACUGACAUUAAAAUAGGCUACUUGUGUUGUGUAGUGCAAAUGCAUGCUAUAUUCCUUAUUUUGGCUACACAUCCAAAACAAACUGAGAACUGUGUUCAUUGAGACAUCUGUGUAUCAUUUGGCAUGGUUGUCGUAAAAGCCUCAGAUUCACCACUGCAUUCAUGCAGACAACUUACAUGCCUUUGAUUGGUUAAAAUGCUCAAGCACGGUAAAAAAAACACAUGGUUGAACAUUUGGACGUGACAGGAUCAAGCCUGUCAUUGACACUUCUCAUGAUUAGGCAAUGGUGGCCGCUGUAAUUUUAAUCUCAAUUCUCUUUCCGAUGAAUUGUACACACAUACCUCCUCUUUGCUCCUUUAUGUCGUUCUCCAUGUAACAUUCUCUCAUGCAUAUUGAUUGAGAUGGUGCAUACAUGACCUUAACACUUAAGUCAACCCCAUACUGAUGUGUGAUUGGCAGUUUUCUGAGCCGUUCCAAAAUGGGGUCGUGACCAUAUACCGCUGACCAUUAGUCUGUGUUUAUGUGUGUGAGAGGACAGAUUUUUGUAAUAUUACUGCAUGUCAGGUAAUCAAGACACAUUGCCAACUCCUCUAUCUUCUUAUGCUGUUUUUUGCUAUUUCUAUUUGCAUAAAGGUUUGUAAAUUUAGCUAUUUAUAGCUGUAGUUUCUCUUUAAACAGCCUCGCUGUAAUUGAUAUGCUCUUGUGUGUUCUAUGGAUAUUUAACACGAACUGCCAGAUCUAUUUUUAUAAGGUUGACAAAUCUUUGGUAUAAUAAUCUUUUGGACAUUUUUAAAGGGAUAGCGGUGUCUUUUUUGGCUGGACAUGUGGAUUCUUUGUUUUUCUAAAAGGUAUAGUUCACCCAAAAACAUUUAUUCAUUUACUCACCCUCAUGUUGUUCCAAGUUUAUUAUUUCCACAUACUUUGCGAAAAAUAAGUAGUAAAUUUGAAAGGAAAACUCAUAUUUUAUUGCAAGUUUUCUGUUAGGAACUGACUUAAAUUUAAAGUCUCUGCAAAAGCGUGAAUGUACAGAAGCACAAAUGAGAUUUGAGAGCUACGAGGGAGGGGAAGAUUUUCAGUAUGUUCUUCACAUAAAACUAUGAUACGGGCUCUGAAGACUUGGAAUGUAGCACACAAGCCAUAUUGACUGCUGUUCUAGUGCUUUCAUUGUCUUUUUUCAUAGUCACUAUGCUUUCAUUGUAUGAAGGAGUAUCUCUGACAUUCUUGGAAACAAAAUGUCUGCUUUUGUGUUCUUCAUAUGCGUUUAGAACAAUGUGAGGGUAAGUGAUUGAUGAAUGUUUGGGUGGUUUAAAGGGAUAUUCCAGCCUCUUUAACAUCUGUUCACUAUGCGUCACCUUAUUCUGAUGAAUGUUUCUUUAGACUUCGAAGACCUUUUAAGAGAGCGACUCAUGGCAAAGUGCAGUGUGUACUCAGGAAAAGAGCAAUCUGUCAUGUUUCACAGGCAAAACCUUUGCUGAUAACACACUUGGAUUUUAUUACAAAAAUGCUGCCAAAAUAUUAUCUUAGGAACCAUAGACUGCAAGAAAAGAACAUUACACUUUUUGACACUUUUGUCAUAAUAAGCUUAGCAAAUAUUUUGUUAAAAACAUAAGUAUGCAUGGAACACAGAAGGUAUGAUAGGAAUGAAAAUUGACCAAAUAUAGCACGUUUCAGUGUAUAUAAAGACUUCUCGACAUUAAAUGGUGCACAUUAGCCUAAUAUGAAAAAGUAUGUUACGUAGUUCUUUUUAUUUUCUCUUUUUCUUUUUUUUUUUUUUACUCCUUAGAGCUCUUAGGAUGUUCACUUCUGAAUUUGGAUCUAUAUCUCUGAACAACCGAGCAAUAAUGUCUAACCUUUGACUGUGAGAGUGAUACAGUGUCAAUUUUCUCUGUUAGACUCACGCAAAACUCCUCUUAAUGAUCAUCAGAAGGGUAUGCACUUCUUUAAGUGAUUGCACAAGCUAUAUUUUCUGACUGACUCCAGAUCAGCUGCUCUUGCUCUUCAAGGUAAAUUACUGUAUGCAUAGUCACAAUUUUGUAUAGCUAUUUAAAGCUCUGAUGCUCUAUUAGUAGUCACACUAGCUCACACAUCUGUAUAAAGAUUACUGUAUAUUUCAAGUUACACAGUAUAGUACAGUAUUUAUAGAGAGAUUAUGUUGUGUCCCCUUAUGAUGUAAGAUGCUUUGUGUGUGUUGGGUAACGUUGCUUUUUUAGCUGAAAGAUGUUAUGUACUGUGAUUGAGUAAUAAAGGAAAGCUUUAAAGCUACACUGGCACAUUUGAUGUUGAUAUGGGUUUAUCAAUAGAAAGAUGAAUGGACAUUAGACACUACUCUUGUGAUAUCGGUAUAUGAUAUGGUGUUCACAUAAGAAUUAAAAAUAGAAAAAACAAAUAUAUUACAUUAUUGAAAUUAAAAUGGCAGUCUUUAAAGUACUGUAACUAAUAUGCAGUUUUUAAGACGCGUGACAUUGAUUCAUUGAUUUGUUCUCAGAUCAACUUCAUCUUAGAUGGUUACAGUAAAUUGUAAAAAUAUGGAUGUUGCAAUAUGGCUGACACAAUAAAAUGCU